UCCGUUUCUUUCCCACUGGAUAAUGUAGUAACACUCAUAUAUUUCUCUCCUUUACCUUUUUCAGGAAAUAUGGUGAGCAAAGAAGACACCAAAUGCAUUGUUCUCUCAAAUUCAGAUGAAUCGGAUUCAGAGACAGGCCCAUCACAUAACCUUGAUGCACUGUCUGGACCGGAAUCAGGCAAACAGCAGGUGAAGAAGAGAAACAAGGCCUUGCAAGUGCGUUUUAAGGAUAUCUGUGAAGCUCAGAAUGAGCAUCGCAGAAGACGUUCCAGAUCCAUCUCUUGCAAAGUAACACAGAGAAAAUACAUGACCAUGCCUGCCAGACGCUCUAUUCCAAAUGUGACUAAGAGUACUGGUGUCCAGACCUCGCCGGACUUAACUAAGCGAUACAAGACUUUCCCUUUUGAGAGGAAAAAAGGACACACAUUUAAACACACUGCUUUGGUGGAAGAUUACAAAGGACAAAACAAUGGCUUUUUGAGUGAUAUAAAGGCAGGAGGCGAGGAUGGACAACCUACUGGGGGGUCCUCUAAGUAUAAGGGUAAGAUUGUGGGUCAGACAAAAGCACUGCUUCACCAUACUGAUGACAGCAGUGAUACAGAGGAUUUGCUUUCCGGUGCCAACUGUGUGGAUGGACCCUCUUGUCCAGACUCUUCGCAUUUCUCUGAGGAGUUCCAUGCACCCUCUCCUUCCAAGAGAGAACCAGAAUACCAGGUUUGUGGGACAAGGACCAAACACAAAGGAUUACCCAAAGAAGACAUGGACACUGGCGCUUCCUCAAAGCGCCAGCUGGCACAAGACAAGUCAAAGGGCUCUGGUCCUGUUGCAUGGAACUCUUUGACACAGGUGGAGUCUUUAGGAAGCCCGUCUGUGAGCUGCAAACGGAAAAAGGGUACACAGCAAAAUGAACACCAGUCACAGACGCUUCCCCAUAGUGCCAAAUGUUCUGUGCAGUCACAAGGGCAGUGUAGGUCAAGGCAUGUGUCAGCCUCCUCUAAACUUCAGCAAACUGUUGGGGGGGACGAGGUCUUUCCUCCACGAGACACAGGAGCCCCAGGCAUGGGGAGCAGCCAGCAGAUAAUGCCCUUAUCUGAAGACAAGGAUAUCAAAGCACAGCUGCAGGCCAUGGAGAGUCUCAUCAGCUCGAGCCAGGAGACCAUCAAGGUUCUACUUGGAGUUAUUCAGGAGCUGGAGAAAGGUGAAGCACAUAGAGAGGGACUCUCCUACCGUACAGGACAAGACACAGCAAAUUGUGACACUUGUCGAAACAGCGCAUGCAUCAUUUACAGUGUCGAGCUGGACUUCAAGCAGCAGGAGGACAAGCUACAGCCCCUAAUGAAGAGACUUUGUCCCCUGGAAAGCCAACAAUGCCCUGCUCUGCCUUACCCCAAUGAAGUGUUCACAUCCACACCGAAACGCAAGUCCAAGACAGAGUCCAAAAAGCAUGCCCGCUGGAAACUCUGGUUCCUUUGAAUAAAACAUGAAGGCUUUGGAAACGGCCUUUUCACUGGGUACAUUAAUAACCCUGUUAUUUGCAAAAAUGGAUGGAGGAGUACUUCAGAUGGAGCGAUCAACAUAUGAGAAUGGAUAACAACAGGAUUCAGUUCAUUUGGGGUUCUGAGUUGAGACUGCACAUUAAGUCAGCUGGGGGACAGCAGAGACAAAAAAAAAACAUUUAAAAUCCUGUCAAACCUUUUUCUGGCAUGCUUGCUGAACAGGAACGACACACACCUGCAAAAUCUAGGUGAGCUUUGAGUUACGUCUUUGUAUUAUAUGUUUUUUUCAAAGAUGGAUGUAC